CUUGUUUUUAAAUACAUGAAAAUAUGUGAUAAACCACACAUUACGACUCGCGAUAAUUGACGUUCCCAUAUAAUACAAUAGAUAUUUUUGCACUAUAUAAAUUAAGUUCGCCGAAACCACACCCUGUUAUAUAAGAUCAGUUCGCCGAACCUGUAGUUCGGUUCGACGAAACCACUCUCACCCUUUAACAUGACCCUUGAUAGGAAAUAAAAGUUAUUCCAUUUUAUUCUAUUCUAGGGUAUAAUUGUAUUGUUGUCAAUUUACAAUCAAUUUUUUGUUAAGCUUAUACAAAGUUCGUUUAAUUAAAUAUCGUUUCGUGAAAAAAAGCUUUUGCAUCUUCUCGGCCCUCGGAUAAUAGCAAAUGUGCUCCGAUUGGUAUUAAAAGUCCUUUUGGCGCAUGCGUUUGAAAAAGGUAAACGGCAACUUCCGGCACGUUGCGACAUUAAAAAAUGGCAGAUUCUGAUGAGAAGAGCACAUUAUUGCCAGUAGUUGUUGAUUACAUCAAACGAAAUUGCAAAGAGUUUGUUCCAAUGUUGAACAAGUCACCUAAGUUUAAAAAUGUACAGACAGAUGGCAGUCCUAAACUUGAAGAGGUGUUUUCUCAAUGGAAGAGUGAGGGUGUGAAAAGAAAGUUGGGAACUGAAGGCAGUCCAGCAGCAGCUAAGAAAGUCAGUGAGGGUGUGAAAAGAAAGUUGGGAACUGAAGGCAGUCCAGCAGCAGCUAAGAAAGUCAUUGAGGGUGUGAAAAGAAAGUUAGGAACUGAAGGCAGUCCAGCAGCAGCUAAGAAAGUCAUUGAGGGUGUGAAAAGAAAGUUAGGAACUGAAGACAGUCCAGCAGCAGCUAAGAAAGUCAUUGAGGGUGUGAAAAGAAAGUUGGGAACUGAAGACAGUCCAGCAGCAGAUAAGAAAGUCAUUGAGGGUGUGAAAAGAAAGUUGGGAACUGAAGACAGUCCAGCAGCAGCUAAGAAAGUCAUUGAAGGGUGUGAAAAGAAAGUUAGGAACUGAAGGCAGUCCAGCAGCAGCUAAG